AUGGACUCUGGAAGGGACGUGAAGGACGGGACUGCGGGCUCUAGGCCCAAGGAUGGAGGGGACGGUGUCGGAGAGACAAGAGCUUCAGGGCGCGAGAGCGAAGAGCGUUCGCUUCAGUUGGAGGCGAAUGAGUGUCCGGGUGCAGUGAUGAGUCGCAGAGAGGAUGAGGCAGAGCCGCAGAGCUCCCCAAGUUCCUCCCCACCGCGAGAGGAAGGCCCUCAGAACGUCGAUGACGCAGACACCGCAAACGGGAGCGGCGAGGCGGGUUUGCAGCGGCCGCCCCAGAAGAGGCGAUUGGAACAGGGCUUGGAAGCCGAGGCGGGGGUGGGGUCUUCUCGCGUUGAGGAAGUUGAAGCCGUUUGUCGAAAGAGACCCGCGUUUUCUGGUGUCGCAGAUGCGUUUUUGGAACGACCCGUCACGUUAAAAAACAGUUCGGAGGAGGAUGCGGCGAGACUGUCAGGUGAUGAUGCAGCCGGUGCCUCUCUUCUCUCCGUUAGGUCCGCUGGCGCGCUAACAGGAGAUUUCCCUUCGUCCUCCAGUCGCUUGCCAGCGAUGCUUUCCGGAGCAAGAGGCGAAAAUGCCGAAGAGUCCGUCAGAGACGCACACACACCUGCUCAGGAUAGCCGAGAUUCUGCACUUGCCUCGUUUGCACCGACGCUUGCACCCGGCCAAGAAUCCGAGUACACACGCGCCAAGUUAUGGAGUAUCGAGAAGGCUUUCGAUGCCUUCCUGGCAGACCAGAAGGCGAACGGACGUCGCCAGGGGUCGAGAAGCAUGCGCGAGCCAAGUCACGCGCAUCCGGGUCUAUCUGCAGAGCGCGAGACCAGCUCCGGGGCCUCCGCGGCGACCUCGGACUUGUCUCGAGAGGAUGUGGAGGAGUUGUUUCGGCAGCACGGCGUGUCGCCUCGGGAACUCGUUCGCAUGUUGAGUGGAAGGCGAGACGGUCCCGGAACUUCUCCGGAAGAGUUGAGGGCUGCUGUCGCCUGGGCUCGCCAGCUGUUCCCGGCAGCGCCCCGCUCCCCGUCCGAGCUUCGGAUGUAUCUACAGCGAGCGGUGCUGGAUCGCCAAAAGCGCCUGCGGGAGCGCUGGGGUGCAGAGGCAAAUCCCUGCGGAGAUGCCUCGGUGUAUGGCGACGAGAAGCUGCGGGAGCAUCUUUCGGACUUGAGUGCCUUCAUGCCGCAUCUAGACGCGGGGAGGGAGGUGUACAUGCAGUGGCAACGAAGCCGAGGACGCCGAGACUUCGACGCCUUCGUGCGCCCACCAGGUCUCACACCCUUCCGGGACUCAUCUUCGCGUCAAGGCGACUUCGCCGCUUCGCCUCUCUACUCGUUUUCGUCUCGAACGCCCUGGGCCUCUGCAUGCAAAGAAGCCUCGACCCCGCCAGCCGCGAAACAGCAGGCGCCGCCGCCGAGUUUGUGGAACCUCCCGAACCGGCCUCAGCCGUACACUCUCGCAGAUGUUCAGGAAGCCAUGGAGGGACCUGAAGGCGUUCUGCGAGUCGCGCGACCUCUCACGGGGUUCGGUGAGGACGCAGAAAGUCUAUCGUUCGCGUCGCUCCCCAAAGGAGCAGAGACGCUUUUCUGGUCCAGCGGUCGCGGCUUGUACUUCCUUCGUCAUCUCGAGAGAACGAAGGCUGGGGAACACGACGUCGUAGGCGAGGCAGGCGUCUGGGUCGCCGCCAGCGAAGAAGAGUUCGGGGGCUUCAUCAUCCACCGGAAAUUCAGCGUGGCGAAGUUCGGAUUCGAACGUGCAAAGAUGCUCGCUUGCCGGUGGUACAACGACAGACAAGAAGCUCGGCGAGGACAGCACGCACUUCCCCACAGAGAAAAGCCAAAGGGCAUCAUGUCAAGCGACCGACCUCUUUCGCGCGAAGCCGCUCCAGAAGCUUCCCGAUUUAGCGCGUCGCGCGCGGGCGAGUUGAGCGGCAAAGCACAAGAAGCUCCGAAAAGCACCGGCGGCACGGCUGCGGAGCAUCCGCGAGCAAGUCAAAAAUGCCGAGUGAUGGAUACCACUUGCCCGGUCCCAGGUGUCCGCUACGAUUCCAGAGAUCGCGCGUGGCUGGCCACCUGGCACGACGGUGUUCGACAGUACAAGCGGUGUUUUAGCAUCAAGAAGUACGGGUUCGCGAAGGCGAAGGAAUGCGCCAUUCGGAUGAAGAUGAGUUUAGUUGGCCAGCCGGGUGUGUCGCAGUCGGGACGGCAGGCUCCCUUUCCAGUGCGCCCGUUCACCUCGCGUGCAUGCAGUCCUCUUCAAGACUUCUUUCGCGAAGGAGACAGACGCGUGGCUGCGAGUUCGUUCUCGCUGCUUCCGAGCGGCCGCGGAGAACCUCGCGGAAGUUUGGGGAGCUCUCAAGGCGCAGACGACGAGCGCAGCAAGCCGCAGAGUUGCCGCGGGCUUGUCGAGCAGUUGCUCGCCAGGUUCCAGGACAGCGAAGGAUUCACACGCGGCCUUCCCGGCGACGACGAAAACCGGGGAAAAAGACUCUCGAAACAGGCGCAGGACGACUUCCAAAGUUGGAGGCCGCCCCCCGGCGCACGUUUUGGCUCCGCCGCCCAGGCGUCUCGACACUCGACAGACGAGGUGGGUGGGUUCGCAGGCUUCCCCGGCUUCGCGGCCUCGCACUGCGGCGAGAAGCCAGGGGGCGAGGGACCGAGCUUUUUGCAGAAAUCUGGAUUUGUGCAAGAAAACGCGUUUUCGCCACCGAGCGAGCGCUUCGAAACUGGCGUUCAUCGCAGGGUCCCGUCGCUUAGCUCGGAACUUGCGAAUCCGCAGGUCACGGAGGAAGUCGAGGAAUUUCUUUUCUCUCUCUCGACGCGCGCGCGACAGUCUCUGCUCGCGUCGCUGCGGCGCGGAGCUGAAGACUCCCGGCGCUCUGCAUGGCCAGGCGCGAGCCGAGACUGUCACACGGGGGCGGGGACGCCCGGCGGGACAGACGUAGCCGACAGGAGGGCGACGAGAGAGACGCGCAGAGACCGAGAAGGCGAGGAGAGCACCAGCGAAGAUGGAACCGUUCGCCGAGAGACAGAUGCUGGAGCUGUGUCUCCCGACGAAGUGUCGCGCGCGAACGCGGAGGAGAGAGCAGCUGGGGAGAAGACGAGAAGCAGCGAACGCAUCUGGACUGGAGAGGGGGAACGGAGUGCCGGAGACCGAGACGACAAAGGAGAGGGCGAAGGAGGCGGAGGGGUAGUCGAAGGGAGAACCGAGAAGGGUGGGGACGACGAUAAAAAGCCAGGCGAGGAAGAGAGUGCAGAGAGGGAAGAAGAACUGAAAAACGAUGCUUACGCCUACUUCACGCACCUCACCAACAGAGAGUGGGACCUACUCGACUAUCUGGACACUCUCGACUUCGAAACUGUCGACCUCGACGCCGUCAUGCCCUUCAUCAACCAGGUGCCGAAGGUGCGAGGAGUCUGUUUCGACCGGAAAGGGUUGUACUGGAUCAGCCAGUGGCACUCGCAGCAGAAGAAACACCGCGAGUGGUUCGGCGUGAAACGUCUCGGCUUCAGAAAGGCCUGGGCGCUCGCUGUCUGCGUCCGUCGAGACGCGGAGAAGGUCGAAGACGAGCCGGUCGACUACCCUAAACUUCCGGACUACGAAGAAGUAUUGGGAGUGACGUACGCACGCUUCGCGUCAGGCCGCUACUGGGUGGCACACUACAUGCGACCAGCCGCUCCCUCGUCCGGCUGUCUCGGCAGCGUGGGGAGGAAGUUGUUCCCGGUUUCGGAGUCGAGUUUUGAGGAGGCGCGAAGCCAGGCGGUCGCCGUCGCGACGGCGUUUCCUCUUCCUCUGGCCUUCUUCGUCGAUCCCGAACGCCGCGCAACUUCUGCGUUCGAGUCGGCGAGGGCGGAGAACUUGCAGGGCGACAAGCAAGUCCUCCUCUCCAAAAACUGUCUCUUCAACGUCUUCACGUGGCUCAACGGCGGCGCGUCGUGGACAAACGUCCGACGCUGGGCGCACGCGAAACGCAUGCAGCUCGCUGAGGACGACUGGCCGCAGCAGUUCUUCAGUCUGCCGAGUCCGGCGAAAGGUGACAGCUUCGCAGAAGCCGAGAAAGAACGAGCAGAAGAACGAACUGGCGGCGAAGAGGUCAAGGCGAACAGUGCGUCCCGCGCUGCGGCGAAAUCAGAGUGGCCAGUCGCGUCCACCACCUCUCCGGCGGAGGACCUGGCGUCAAGUGGCAGUCCACGCGACUUGCAAAAACUUUCGCCUCUGCUGGCGGACUCUUCGCUGACGAAGGAGCUUCUGGGUGGCGACCGCGAGCUGGGGAACGCGAUGGACGGCGCGCGCGGGCCGCGGGGUCUAGACACCGCAAAGGGCAGAGCGAAGGACGAGGAGCGGCUGACGGCGAAGGACGCCGAAAGUCGGCAGGCGACGCUCCCAGGUGGGCGUGCGGCGCAUGGCGGCGGGGUCGGCGGCAGCCUGGGGACUGCAUGCGAAGAAGAACUGGACGAGCCGCUGUCGCCGCUGGACAUCGAGUCGAUCGUCGCAGACGCCUACGAGAGUUUCUCGGAUGAGGACGCAGAAGGCGAGGGCGACGGGGGCAAGCCGGGGAAACGCAUUCGCCUGCCGAAAAUUGGAGGUGUCUAUUACAAGCGCGAUGGAAACUACAAAGCAUGGGCGGCGAGCUGGCACAUCCAAGGCAAACGCACGCGCCGAUACUUCACAGUCAAGAAACACGGAUUCAGAAACGCGUACCUCAAAGCUGUCCGAGCUCGUCGAGAGGCAGAGAGACACGAAGGAAUCAGCGUGAAGCACCGCCACCACGCGCUGGUUCCUGGGCAUCCUGGCAAUAUGUUAGGCGCCUCCAAGGUGUGUGCAGAGAGCCACGAGGUGUCAGGGUUCCCGCACGGCGAUGAAGACAGCCGCCUCACGCGCGGCGGCGCCUCACAUGCAGCGGUUGCCCCCGGACGGGUGAACAGAGAGAGGUCUGUCGCCUUGGUUGAUCGCGCCACCAAGGACGACGAAGACGACGAGAGGGAUUUGCAGAGAGAGAAGACGGGAGCAGGUGGGGGCGAGGCUUGCAGCGGCGAGAGUGUCAAGGUGGCGCUGGGGACGCGGCACGAUAGCUUCAGCGACGGAUCUUGCCGAACUCUCGACAAGCUCUCGACGCAGUUCGAGCAAAAGCCGCGCGGCGGAGCCGGCGAGGAGGCCGAGCACCCGACGAGAAAACAGGGACAGGAAACGGGUGGGGUCGACGAGCCUCUUUCGCGCGCGGCUUCGAUCGUGGGCGGUCGCGAGGUCCGCCUCACCUCCGGGGUGUCUGUGCACCUCACGCCGCUGGAGCGCGUGGCCAAGGCCGUUGACGUCGACCUGAAGGAACUGACAGAUCGCGUUUCGCGGGCGGCGUUUCGUGGAGGCGACAGUCGCCUCUUCCACAGAACUGUGGAUAACUGUGAAGGCGAAGCAGAUGAGGUAGCACAGGGGCUCGACACCCACAGGGAAGAUGUUGACGUGACGCGCAACCUCGAGUUCGCGAUGGCCAGGGAGACCCUCGACGUCCUCCUCUCCGAUUUGUACAGCGUGGUCGCGAAGCUGAGUGGCGCGGGUCGAUGGACUUCGUUGGUCUCUCCCACGGCGGCGGAGGCGGAGCCCCUGGUGAGUGCCUGGGACCGCAGCGCGCGAGAAGAGAGGAGAGAGAAAUUCGAAGACACAAACGCCGCUUCCGAUGAGCCAGGCUACCCGACGUCGAGCGCGCAGAUCCACGUCGCGAUCCAGCUGGUGGUCAUCAAACACUACCUGGCGACUGUGAGGACGGCGAAUCGCGUGGAACAAAUUGCCCCCCUUUUGGCGCUGUUCGAGCCCUGCAUUAAACAAGGAAUGCUGCCCCACGAGUGUGCGCUUCCGCGACUCCGGUGGCUCGUUUGUCAACUCUGUCGAGCCUCGCUGCCUUGGCUGGACGAGAGCGACGUCCUCACCGACGCUCUGCUGUACAGACACCUCGAGGAACUGGUGGAGACGGAGGAGGCGGAGGCGCCGCAGGAGGGCGUUCCGCCUGGUGGCCAGAUUGUGUUUUCUGCGGGAUUUGCCGAGGGAAACUCGACGGUCGCGUCGCGGAAUGUCUUUACAGGGGAGUCGCGCGUCGCAGGGGGUUUCCGGACCGACUCGGAGAAGGAGAGUGGAAUAGAUGACCGUGACGAGGCGAGUCUCGCGGCGUUGAUUUGUUUGCCUGGGAAGGGCAAGAAGCUGCGCGAGGAAGCCGACGUGGAGAAGGACGACACAUCGGCGUCGCUGAAUUGCGAGUCUGGGAAGAAGACCGAGGCAGAGUCACAGCACUCGCGCUCGCCAACGGAAGUCGCGGCCAGCAGCGUCAGUGGCUCGGAGGGGAAGGACGGAAGCUCUGACAACGAGCGUUCAGGUGACGCAGACGACGCUACAGAGGGAUCUGAAAAAUGUGAAAAGACACGCGGGGGAGACCAACGGCGUGCGGCGCCGCGGACUUCCUCUGCGUCGACUGCCAGUGGAGAAACACCCGAAAAAUCCAAGAACCGGGGCAGCGACGCGUUGAAAGGCAAGAACGAAGGCGGCGCAACGGGAACUUCAGGGGAGCAGCGAGACGACGAGGACAGGGACUUGGAGAAUGUGGAGAUCUCGAAAGACACCCGAGCCGGGAGCGGCGGGAGGCGCCGGACAGGCGAACGCCGUGGCCAACGGUUUUGUGCGAGUGGCGGAGAGCUGCGAGUCUCUGAAGAGUCUCCGGACAGAGCGAAAACGGAGAAAUCCAAGGGUGAGCCAGUGCGAGACUCGUUGAGUCCAGAUGCCUCCAGUCGCCUCCCCUCUCGAUGCGGCACUCCUCCCCCUGCCGCCGCAACCGGCUCGUGCGCCACCGUUGAGAGCGACGUCCCUGCGUAGACGGGAGUUGAGACAGUGUAGCUCUCUCUGUAAAGCACCUGAUGGGUGAAGGAAGUUGGGCGCAACGCUGGCGUUUCUCUGACAUAAACGUGAC